UUAGGGAGGGUUUAGGUAAAAUAUGUUUUGCUGAAAGGGGAGGACCAUCCAUUUUCAUUUCAGAGAUCCGAUUUUCAUAGCGUCAAACCUCUCAAAUAAAACAAAAAAAAACUGGCUACACAGACACCCGGACUACGGAGACGCCGGUUGAUGAGCGGGAGCAGCUUGGAUUAAAUGAUUGAAUAACAAUUGUGUGUACAUUUAUUUCGCAGCACUCGCGCACGCAACCUGGGCGGUCUAGUCACGGAGUCAAGCGCUUCCUGGUGGAUUCAUUCGAGGAGUUUCUCUAGUUUCAAGAAACGUUAUUAUAAUAUGUACACGUUCUAGGCUAUAGAUACAGUAUGUUUACUAUUGUAGCCUAAAAAACGCUAGUUUCAAGAUAAUAGUGUGGAACACACACACUUGGAAAGACUACCACAUUGAGAAAGGAGCCACGCACUCAGGGUUUGGGAUUUACUGGAACCAGGACAUAUCCAUCCUUAAGGAUUUAAGUGACGUAGUUCCUCCGGAUUGUGGGAAUCCCAUUGAACUGACCAGGAGGGAGUUGCUUGCUUUAGCAAAACCAACAGUGGAGUCGACCAUGGGGGAUAAAGAGGACUUAGUAGUGACCACGGCUGUGAACUUUGUCGGGAACGGAAACUUCCUGGACUCUGCUUUCCGCUACACCCUCUUCCCAGUGUUCUACGGUGUUGUGUUCAUCCUUGGGCUGAUAUCCAAUAGUUACGUGCUGUUCGUGCUGUGGCGCCUGCGCGAUGCCAAGGCCUUGAACGAGAUCUGCAUCUACAUGGCCAACCUGACUGUGGCCGACCUCCUCUUCGUGUCUGCCCUCCCCUUCUGGAUUGGCUACUACCAUCAUGGUGGCGUCUGGCUCUACGGCGAAUUCCUGUGCCGUGUCACUGGCGUGUUCUUCUUCAUCAACACCUACUGCUCCAUCCUCUUCCUUGCUGCCAUCAGUAUCAACCGCUACUGGGCCAUCACGCGUCCGCUGGAUGCCGCCUCGUCCGACCAUUGGUGCCGUGGGGUGGCCGUCACAGCGGUCAUCUGGGGGGUCACUCUGUCCAUGUCUGUGCCAUACCUCGUGAAGACGGGCAUUCAGAAGGACAAGAGCAACGUGUCGCGAUGCUUCGAGGGCUACCACCAUGAGACGGAUGGCGAGAAGCGGCUGGUGGCCGCAACCCACCUUAUCAUUGUGGGGUGCUUCGUCUUGGUCUUCUUCCUCGUCGUAGUGUGUAAUCUGCUCAUCGCCCGGGCGUUACUAGCCCAGUCCCUUACCCAGGCUCGGGGCUCCAGUUCCUCCAAACCCCGGGGGGUGAAGGGCCGGGCCCUGCAGAUGCUGUGCGCUGUGGUGGGGGUGUUCGUGGUGUGCUUCCUCCCCCACCACAUGGUCCAGGGCCCCUGGACCCUGGCUGUGCUGGAGAUCAAGGAGGGCUGGGGCAGCACGGAAUGGAGCCAGAAGACCAAGCAAUGGUUGAACGACACCCACCAGGUCACCCUGAUGCUGAUGGGGCUCAACUGCCUCUUCGAUCCCGUGGUGUACUGCUUCGCCACCAGGAGGUUCCACAUGUAUAUCAAGGACCAUCUGAAAAAGGUGGGGAGGGGCAGAGCCUGCUCGGAAACAGCCAUCACACACAUCUCUAUAGUGGAAUGCAAGAAUGUGAGCCAGCGGCUCCAUAGCGAACAGCAGCAGCUCAAUAAUUAAAGUCCUUCACUGUAACGGAAAAUUGUAAUUUAUAUGGUAAAUUUGGGUAUUAUCAAUAGUAAAGUACUCCAAACAUUUUACUUCAGCAUAGUGUAAAUUGUUGUGGGCGGGGAAACAAUUGCUUUAUUUUGAAUGGUACUGAAUGGUACUGAAUGGUACUUGAAUUCCACCCCACAGAAUCCAGUACUGUACCUUGUCUUCGGGGGCCAAAACAUUUUGACCACUUGUGAGUGCAUGUUAUUGUUGUUUCUGGCUUAUUAACAUAUUUUGAGCCGUGCCUUUUAAGAGGCUAUAUUUGUUGCACCCAUGAGUGAAAAUGCUGUACCAAUUUAACUCCUAUGUUAAAGGAGACAGAUUGUACAGGGGACAGAUUUUAGUGGCAGCAAGUCUUAAACUUUAAAUGGUUAAAGGAGACAGAUUGUACAGGGGACAGAUUUUAGUGGCAGCAAGUCUUAAACUUUAAAUGGUUGAGCAUUUUGCCAUGUCCUUUUGGUCUGUACCCCUGUAGUCGCUGUCAGUUUGGAAGAUUUUGUUAAGGCCUCUACAGUUGCAAGUAAUAUAAAACACCAAUUAUGCAUUAAUAUGCUGUGGGAUGUUUACAACCAGAUGCAUCUGGUUUUCAAGGGAAAGGGAAAGAGAGCCUGUGACGCCUACACGACUUCCGCUUUUGAACAUUAACAAGGCAACACUCCAUCUUAACUCCUCCUCCACAUUUAUUGUUGAACAGUGCAGAAGAGAACCUCCCCAACCAUUUUUUUUCUUCUCGUCAGCUACGAUAGGUUACCUAGCAGCCAACCUGCUUGCACCAAUCCCUUGUAAUUACAGUAAAAUACUGUGAAAUACAAACCGGUCCCCUCAAAGAAUUUCAUUCAUCCAUUCAUCCAUGUGCCGACCUUACAGUGAAGUGCUUACUUACAAGCCCUUAACUAACAAUGCAGUUAAGAAAAAUAAGGGUUUAGAAAGUAUUUACUAAAAUAAACUGAAGUAA